GCUGCGGCGGUUCCGCAGCAGCAGCAGCAGCAGCAGCAGCAGCAGCAGCAGCAGCAGCAGCGCUUCUCUCGAUCGGUUUUCCGCUCGACUUUCCACUCACUCCCCAUGCCCCUUCUCCCUCUCACACUCACUCCACUCCCGUCCCAUCCCGUCUGUGUCCCGCCUCUCCCAGGCCGGCUGAUGCUGGAGUACAGCCCACCAGAGUGGAUCCUCUUUGGCUGCUACCAUGGCCAGCCAGCCACCAUCUGGUCCCUGGGCAUCCUGCUCUAUCACCUGGUCUGUGGGCACCUUCCUUUCCACACAAACGAGGACAUCGUCCGGGGCCAGCUCUUCUUCCCGCCCCGGGUGUCUCAAGAGUGCCAGCACCUCAUCAGGUGGUGUUUAUCCAUGGACCCCACAGACAGGCCAUCACUGGAAGACCUUUUUGAGCAUUCUUGGCUGCAGGAGCCCUGCCUGGCCCAGGAGACAGCAGAGAUCCAUCCCUGUGCUCAGUAGGAUCCAGGAGCCCAGCAAGUACCAGCUGCACCUGUCUGGUGGCACUCCAAGAAAACCCCAGAGCGUUUCCCUGCGGCCGUGGCACGGAGGAGAGAGCGCAGCCGAGGAGAUGCUUCAGCUGGUCCCCGGCGAGUUGUGGAGGGAGCGGCUCAGUGCUCCCCGUGCCAUUGGAGAAGUGGUGGCAGUGCGGUGAAGGUGCCACGGACUGGAACAGGGGAAACAUCCCCCUGCAGCUCAAUGGCAUCGGGAUGUCCCCGCAAGCCGAGGCACAGCUGGCGUGUUCUUCUGGAGCACCACGUGGAGCUGGGAACACCAUCCUGGAGCUGGCCGCUGGCGGGGCAAAGCUGACCGGCUUUGGCUGCGGCCCCUUCCUGGAGGACACGCUCUGCGCCCCGAUGAAAUCAAGAUGAGUCCCCAGCCGGCGCAGGGGCGGGGGGAUGCUCGUGCUUCCAGGCAUGGCAGGGCUUGGCCUGGCCACGCGCCGCAGGUUCCCCGCUCGGCGGCGCUGGGGAAUAUUAAUUUUUCACCGGCUGCC